AUGGUCUUGGGUGGGAAUGUGAUUACCUACGCAAAGGAUGUGUCAACAACAUGUCGACAAAUCCUGACUGAUGCCGGCUUGGAGUUCCAAGGCAUGUUCAUGGAGGACCUGUGGCGUUGUACAGUUCACCUGCUAGACAUGGCAGUGGUCUCUUAUGCUGCUACACACACGCAAAAUCUUGGAAAGGAAAGUGUGACAGCAGUGGUGCUUCCUGGAGCAUUUUUUGAAAGACAGUACUACGUAUUUCGCCGAAGGACAUUUUCAUGCCUCGGUAAUUUCUUAGGUGGCAGGGAAGCCUGGGUUCUUGAGGAUUUCCAGAACUGGUUGUCGGACAUACCAAAGUAUUUCCCGGAUAUGACCCAAGUCAGAGAUCUUCCUCCACUAUUUCUUUCCACCAACGCGGUGACCUUUGGUGAUAUCUGGGGCCCAAUGUGGAAAAGGUGCAUGGUAGGUAAAGAGAGCGAGAUUAUCAGUUAUGAUGAUGGUGGAGGUACCAUAGUCCCGUGGGAUAUGCGAUCACUGAAUGCGGUGAAAGUUGAAAAAAGGGAAGUCUUUUGUCACUGGAUGGCGAGGAUCGGGGAGUUCGAGAAUGCAAGUCGCGCUAUCACAAGGACAUUUGUUGAAAGCGACGUUCUUCUCAUCGGGGCACCUUUCCAAUUGAGAUCCAAUGACACAUGUCAGGUUAGGUUGGAGGAAAUCAGGAAACAGUUGAGGAACAGCGGAUCUAUCUCUCACCUGGGGGCCGCAAAAGCUCGCUGGGAGCAGGAAGUGCGAACUCUCACUGCAGCUAUUACACCACCUCACAUGGCUAUUGGAUUUCAGCAGGGGUGGAAAUUAAGAGAAGGUCGAUCGAUGAACAAUGCUUUCAUUGAGCAAACGAUGAACAAUCCCGAAAUUCGUUCAGUGAAGAGUCUUGAGCUGCGACUGGGACUUGAGGUGUCAAGCUGCACAUAUAAUGCCCGCAGAGUUCGCGUCAUUGAGAUUUUUCAGACCAACACAAUGAUAAAUCACCUACGGGAAUCAGCUUUGGAGUGGAAAGCCUCGAAUCAGAAGGCAAAAUUCCUUCGCGCACUGCUGGACGAUAACCACGAAGCCUUUGGAAACUUAUGGAACAUGCAGCCGAGCUGGCGAUCUGAACUUGGCAAUGCCAUCUCGUGUGGUCUCAACCUGCUAAGAUACACUGGCAAAACAAAAGAUGGUGGACUGUAG